AAAAAGAAAAUUCAAAACGACGUCGGGGCAUCUACCACUUCAACCAGAUUUGCAGUCCCUGGUCAGCUCAAUAUUAUGAACCCUACCCUCAUCUGUUUAUUCAACUCCUUAACCAUUUCCAUUUCUUAUUGAAGAGAAGCUUCGGCUGAAUCAUGACGACGGUUUUAGGAAAUCCACUAAUCAAGGCAUUGAUUAUUGUUUUCUUGGUAUCAGCAGCCACCGCCACCAGCGACGCCCCCUUCAUCGUCGCUCACAAGAAGGCAUCACUGACCAGACUCAAAUCCGGCGCCGAACGCGUCUCCGUUGCCAUUGACAUCUACAACCAAGGCUUCUCGACGGCAUAUGAUGUGAAUCUUGAUGAUUAUAGCUGGCCCCUAGAUUCCUUUGAUAUCGUCAGUGGUAACACUACACAGUCAUGGGAGAGACUUGAUGCCGGUGGUCUUCUAUCACAUUCAUUUGAAUUAGAGGCCAAAAGACAGGGAAUGUUCUAUGGUGCCCCAGCAGUAAUUACUUUCCGCAUUCCCACAAAGGCUGCUUUACAGGAGGCAUAUUCAACUCCAAUCUUGCCCUUAGAUGUCCUUGCAGAAAGACCUCCGGAGAAGAAGUUUGAGCGGGCUAAGAGGUUGCUGGCUAAGCAUGGUUCCCAAGUCUCUGUGAUCUUGAUUGUGGUUCUGUUCAUCUACCUGAUCAUUACCCCAUCAAAAUCCAGUGCUGCAAAAGCGAGCAAGAAGAAGCACUAAGUAUUGUAGCUGUGUAUUGAAAAAGCAAAUCAAUAAUAGCCUGACUCCACUUAAUGCACGAGCCAUUCUUUCUGUCUGCAGUUAAAUUAGGGCUUUCCUUUUUUUUUAAAACAUUUUUUGUUAGGAUUUUUUAAGUAGAAGAUUGUUAAAUGAGUUUAUUGCAAGAUGAAUCAACUGACUCCUACUUCCUAGGCCUAGACUUGAUUGAAGCCGGUAAUGCAAGAAGUGGAAGAACUGAUCAUGGAGUGAAGUUUUGAAAUUUAUUACUUACUAUUAUUUAUAUUUUUCAUUUAAUGCUGUGACCGGUGAAAUAUAUACUGCAUUUGAUGAAAUGAUUCAUAUUCAUGUUAGGAAUGAGAUUUCCAAAAAUAUAUACUGAGAGAUGUCUUUUUGGAAAUCUUUAGACUUUGACUGGCCUUUUGAAGCUUAUUAUAUUUAUAUCCUUGAAAUGAUAGCAUGAAGAAGAGCCCCUAUGGGCUGUAGAAUUUAAAUCGCAAUGUAGGCUUUUUCUUUUGUUGCUUUGCCCUCAUAUAUAUAUAUAUAUAUAUAUAUAUAUAUGUAUAUGAUAAAUGACAGUAGUCCAACAUACGAGAUAGAUAGCAGUAGUCCAAUGUGAAGUAUUCCAAUCGCAAUUGAUUACCAACCGUGUAACCUUUUUAAUUUUAGUCCUUAUUUAUUUUUUAUGUAACAGAAAAAGUGAGACUAAACUUUUUUAAUUGCUUGAUGGCCAAAUAAAAAAAAAAAAAACUCAUUUAAUUUCUUAUUAAAGUGAUAAAAGGAUUUAACUUUGUUAAAAACAAAUAGUUUUCAUUACCAUUUCAUUUCAUUGAUGCCAUAUGCUAUUGAGUGAAUGGUGUAGCUUGAGAAAACACAUAUCUCCUUUCCUUUGCGAAUUCUUUUCGUGACUUCUCCUCCAUUCCUAUCAUUUUGUUCAAGUGAAUUCACCUUAAUUAUUAUAACUAUUUGUAUAAUACAUAUAACUAUCAUUUAAGCAUAUAAACCAAAUAAUAACAUAUUUGGAUUUUUAUGUAUUUGCAUAUUCUGACUAAAACUUUGUUAGUCUACCAAUUUCGCUAAUGCGGAGGAGUUUCCCUUUUUUUUUUAAGAUAAACAUCAAUAAGGAAGACAAAGUCACAAAG